AUGCCCACUACACUAGGAGAUCAACAGGAAACCAUAAGACGAUUUAGAAGUAUAUGUAAUUUCCCCUCGGUGUUAGGGACUAUAGACUGCACGCAUAUACGAGCUAAAAGGGUAGGUGGCGAUAUGAGUGAAGGCUAUGUGAACAGAAAGGGUUACUAUUCUAUCAACGUGCAAGUUGUCUGUGAUUUAAACUUGAAAAUCAGAGACAUAGUUGCACGUUGGAGAGGAAGUGCUCACGAUUCUCGAGUUUUCAACGAAAGCACAAUAAAAAAACGCUUUGAACGUGAUGAUUUUCCUGGAACAUUACUUGGAGACAGUGGAUAUGCAUGUACUGCAUAUAUAUCUUUACACCUUUGCUUAAUCCUAGUAAUGACAAAGAGGAAGCUUACAACAGAGCUCACAUUAGAACAAGGAAUACAGUGGAGAGAUGUUUUGGCUUGUGGAAUCAAAAAUUCAGAUGCCUAUUAA